ACUCUAUACACCUAAACUGGUCCAACUUAAAUUAUAGGAUUGAAGAUAAUGGAUUGAUGAGGGGAUCCUCUGUCAGCGUCAUUAGCCAUUUCUCUCCUACGGCCCCUCUUCUGAUUGGCUUCACCAACUUCUUCCCUUCUACGCAACCAAACCAAGCAGACAAGACACUCUCCAGCUCAUAUGGCGUCAACAAUUGUUAACGUGGGACCCAUCCAGGGUCUGGAUUACGUCGGUCUCAGACCCGCAAAACCUCUGAAGCUGAAUUCGGGUAGGAUCCAGAUCAAGACCCGCCCGCAGCGCCUCUUCACCGUAAGAGCCAGCGACGGCGAUGGGCCCAUCGGGAAGACCCGACUGAGUGACGCCGAGUGCGAGGCCGCCGUCGUCGCCGGAAACGCGCCGCAUGCGCCGCCGGCGCCUCCUAAACCCGCCGCCCCAGCGGGAACUCCAGUGGUGCCUUUGCUGCCGAUCAAUCGCAGACCUCGUCGUAACCGAAGGUCGCCUGCUCUGAGGUCGGCGUUUCAGGAAACAAGCUUGUCACCUGCGAAUUUUGUGUACCCACUUUUUAUUCAUGAAGGUCAAGAAGACACGCCUAUUGGAGCUAUGCCUGGAUGUUAUAGGCUUGGAUGGAGACAUGGGCUUGUGGAAGAGGUUUCAAAGGCUCGAGAUGUUGGUGUCAAUGGCAUUGUGCUCUUCCCCAAAGUUCCGGAUGCUUUGAAGAAUUCAACAGGUGAUGAAGCCUACAACGAUAAUGGUUUAGUGCCUCGAGCAAUAAGGUUGCUCAAGGACAAAUACCCUGAUCUUGUUAUCUACACCGAUGUUGCUUUAGAUCCAUACUCCUCCGAUGGGCAUGACGGUAUUGUUAGAGAAGAUGGAGUUAUACUGAAUGAUGAGACAGUACAUCAAUUAUGUAAGCAAGCUGUUGCCCAGGCCCGAGCUGGAGCAGAUGUUGUCAGUCCCAGUGACAUGAUGGAUGGUCGUGUGGGAGCUAUUCGAACUGCUCUUGAUGCUGAAGGUUUUCAGCAUGUAUCUAUCAUGUCCUAUACGGCAAAGUAUGCAAGUUCAUUUUAUGGUCCAUUCCGAGAAGCAUUGGACUCGAAUCCACGUUUUGGUGACAAAAAAACUUAUCAGAUGAACCCAGCAAAUUACAGAGAGGCUCUGAUUGAGGCACGUGAAGACGAGUCUGAAGGAGCUGAUAUCCUCUUGGUGAAGCCUGGUCUACCAUAUUUGGACAUCAUAAGAUUACUCCGGGAUAGCUCUCCUUUACCAAUAGCUGCAUAUCAGGUUUCGGGCGAGUAUUCAAUGAUCAAGGCUGGUGGGGUUCUCAAAAUGAUUGAUGAAGAAAAGGUUAUGAUGGAAUCCCUUAUGUGUCUACGAAGGGCUGGAGCCGACGUAAUCCUUACAUAUUUUGCCCUGCAAGCUGCCAGAAGUUUGUGCGGUGAGAAGAGGUGAGUCUUGUAAACUAGAUGAUUGUUUAUUCAGGAAAACCAUGGAAGCUUUCUUCUCGAGCUUGAUUUGUACGUUUUAGUACAACGAAGUUGAGUUGUAAAAGAAUGUGAUUGAAUAAGAGAUGUUUCAAGUGAACAACUAUACGUUUAA